AUGGCGGCCGCGGAUGCUAAACCGGGACUGUCUUUCCCGCGCGACACGUUCGCGAGUCUGACGCCGAAACCAUUUCUCCUCGCGCAUCUCAAGGCGCCCAAAUCCACACGUCCCAGUGGUCGCUCGCCAAGCGAGUUCCGCAAGCCAACAGUCAACACAGGAUCGCUGUCUCACAGCAACGGAAGCGCCCUCGUCCGCGUCGGAGACACUGCGAUAGUGUGUGGAGUGCGAGCUGAGAUUCUUCUGGCUUCAGAUGUCGCCAAACCCCCCAGCGAUGAGGCAGAGGAUAUCGACAUCAUCGAACAGCUCGGCCUUUUGGUGCCAAAUCUAGAACUCAGUACAGGCUGUUCUCCAGCGCACAUGCCCGGCAAUCCGCCAAGCUCGGUGGCACAAUCACUCUCAUAUCGGAUCUCAUCCCUACUCAACGACUCGGGCUCUGUGAAUCUGGACGAUCUGCGCAUCACAUACACUCAGCCGGCCGCCGAGGACGACGGUCUGGGCGAACCUGGACAGGUUGUGACUAAGGCCUAUUGGACGCUAUAUGUGGACAUCUUGUGCCUCGCUCUGGAUGGGAAUGCUUUAGAUGCUGCCUGGUUGGCUGUCUACGCCGCACUGCGGGACACUCGCUUACCGGGCGCCCACUGGGACGCCGACAGAGAGAGCGUGGUGUGCUCGCCAUUGGCAUUGGAUGAAAAGCGAUUACAAAUUCGAGAUCUGCCCAUAGUCUCGACCUUUGCAAUCUUCACCACUGCCUCGCCACUGAAACUCUCCACGAAUCCCCAGAAUUGGAUUCUUGCUGACCCCGACACGUUUGAAGAAGAACUUUGCAACGAAGUGAUGUCAGUUGUCCUACAACCAAGCGGCGAACAUGGUCGGCUCAUCUCUCGGCUAGAGAGCAGCGGUGGUGCUUCUAUCGACAGGCAAACCAUGUAUACCUGUCUCCAACUCGCUGAGGCACGUUUUCAGGAACUGAGUUCUCUUCUGCACGGGUCUUAGGAAAGGAAGCCUGUGGCCUGCGCCAAAUGAGUCAAGUCACAGCUGUGCAGAAGAGUGAGCUCCUGCGAAUCUCAGCUCAUUGGGGCGCAUGCCUUUUUUGGGGAACACGCUGCCUUUAUCCUGGGCCAACGGCAGAGCACUCCGUGAUGGCGCUGAACUUCGCGUUAGCGCGAUUGUCGUGCUGACCACCUGCAUCCAGGAAAGGCUGGUUGUACGAGUGCCUUGUGCAAUCACAUGUGGCCGAUGAUGAAAGCAGACGUCCCGCAGGGCACAGUACCCUCGGCCAGGAAGACAAAUUCAGGUGCACUGUCAUCUUUUUGGCGAUCACGCCACGCCUCUGAGUACAAGGACCAUGUUCGAGACAUGCGCUUUCCUUGUUCACAAUCUAGACUCAAAAGACUCGGCAUUCAGCAGCAAUCAGUAGCCGGUCGGACUCGGCUCUCAGGAGUUGAUUCUCGUUUGAUGGGAGCAUACCUUGCUGCACAUGAUGUCAACCAUAUAAGCGGAUAGCCAAAGAAAAAGAAUUCAGUGCGAUGGAGAUACAGCUGAGAGCACUGUGGGCUUGCUCACUAGAACCGCGCCUUCGUAACAAGAUGCUUACGUCAACAUCAUGGAUUGACCAAGCAAUUGAUGGAUCUCCGAACUCGAGAUAGCGUUCUGGAACGGUGGCAAGAUUCGUUCAUGCUGAUAAUGACUCCCUCUAGUCAUGCAGUUCUUAGCGAAAGCACCGGAUAUGUUGCCGGUAUCAUGCUCGUUGAAUUGCGGAAACAUGAGCCAAGCAAGCAUCGUGGAAUUUCAUCCUCAACCUUGGGUCGCAACUUUUGCCACGUGUACCCAGUCCUACGACGAUCCCUCCGCACUCAGUCUGAUAAGGCUGGGUGGGCGAGUGGCUAACGGCUUGGUGGUAUGUGAGACAGCAUUGGGGUUGAGCUUCGUCUCGUCACAAGUGAGUCCUCUCCAAGCCAGCGCUGGAGAACAAGAUGACAGUAGAAUGCUGGAGAACUUUCGGUCCAAGGCUCCUACCUCCGCGGCUUCGUUUUCAGCGAGCGCGUCAAAGACGAAACCCGCGUUUGGUGGUGGGACAGGCAGUCUUGCGGAUGAACGCCUGCCACGAUCCUGCAGGGUUCAGUGUCACACCGACCCGCAGACCCUCGACGAAGAUAUCCACCCACGCAUAUCAUCGGGGCCGGAAGCGAGGUAAACAUAGCAUCGCUGAGAUCGAGAAUGAUAUCCUUAUUAUAUUCGAUCGAGCGCGGCGCAUGCAGUACGACAUCACUAAGUACUCACUUGAACCUCACCAAUAUGCCCAAGAACCCCACUGUCGGACACCCACGUGCUCCAGGCGCACAACGAAGACAGUAGCUAUACAAUGCGACGUUUUUUUUGUCUACUACCCUGCUUUGUCAGUCAUGGCAAACUCUCUUUGGAUACCAGAUGUCUUCGAUGUGUGGCCCGAUUACAGGCUUUUGUAUGACUGCACAUCCACGCUACAGUUGUCACCGGCAUCGCGCCGGACUCUACAGUGUAUGCCUGGAUAGGUCACCUUUGCCUAGCCAGGUUGUUUUGUGGCAGAGAUGAUUGUUUCUGCCCGAUGCAGUCUGGCGUGCUUCCUGGGCUUGGUCAACCACGCCCUGAACCCACUCGCACACAAUCAGGCGGCCUCACACAACGCGGUAACUCAAGGAUGAACGGUCGACUCGCGUUUCCAAGCCACACUAGGUGUCCACUACGACCCACGCCUACCGUUCAUGGCCCUGGUCUGGUGGUUUUCCGUGAGCUUGUGACUGUCCGUAGGCCACCAACGCCCUACGCGAGGGCUCGUGGUGCGGUUUCCGAAUAAGAUAAUAAAUGCUACCCUCCUCAACCACUUC